GAAGAGAGGAGGACUCAGUCGCGCGUGGGCGAUGGCGCUGGAGGAGGUGUGCGGCGCGCCCUUGGCCUCCAAAACCUGGGACUGGGACCCCCGGGACCACCUUCGGGUCUCCCCCAACGAGGCCGGGCACUUCGCCUUCGGGAUGAGGGAACCUCGCAUCGCUGUGCCGCCCGGGAGGCAGCCUUCAGAGUUCUUGCAGACCCACUGCGAAGGCAGUGCUGAUGGGCACCGGAUCGAGCUGGCCCACGGCACCACCACCCUGGCCUUUACAUUCCAACACGGAGUGAUUGUAGCCACCGACUCUCGGGCAUCGGCUGGCAACUACGUCUCUACUCUGCUUUUCAACAAAGUCAUUGAGAUCAACCCCUACUUGCUGGGCACCAUGUCAGGGAGUGCUGCGGACUGCCAGUACUGGGAACGCCUCCUGGCCAAGCACUGCAGACUCUAUUACCUGCGCAACAAGGAACGGAUCAGCGUCUCAGCAGCCUCCAAGCUGUUGGCCAACAUGCUGUGCGAGUACCGAGGGAUGGGCCUCUCUGUGGGCAGCAUGUUGUGCGGAUGGGACAAGAAGGGACCAGGUCUUUAUUACAUAGACAGUAACGGGGUACGCCUGAGUGGGCCCCUCUUCUCCACCGGAAGUGGAAAAACUUAUGCCUACGGAGUGCUGGACAGCGGACACCGUCCUGACCUGACUGUGGAGGAAGCCUAUGACCUUGGCCGAAAAGCCAUUUCGUAUGCCACGCACCGUGAUGCCUAUUCGGGUGGAGUGGUGAAUAUGUACCAUAUGCAGAAAGACGGCUGGAUCCGGGUCGGACGCACCGACGUCAGUGAACUGCUCUCCCAGUAUGCCGAGGCCAAGAAGUGAAACCAAACUGAGGUCCAACUGGGAAUGGCAAAUGUCAGAUGUCUGGACA